CAGAGCCAGACCCAGGGUGCCGUGUUCCUGCCUGAGUUUGCUCUGUCCCCUCAGGGAAGUUUCCUGGAGGACGCUACCGAGGACCAGUUCCUUACCUACAGAUACGACGACCAGGCGUCUCGUAUGACUGGAUCAGAUGAGGACGGGGACAGUGGCUGGGAUGCAUGGGGCACCUGGAGUGACUGCUCACGCACCUGUGGAGGCGGGGCCUCUUACUCUCUACGCAGGUGUCUCAACGGAGGGAACUGUGAAGGCAAGAAUAUCCGCUACAGAACGUGCAGUAACAUGGACUGUCCCGUCGAGUCGGGAGACUUCCGAGCCCAGCAGUGCUCCGCCCACAAUGACAUCAGGUACCAGGGAAUGGUAUACGAGUGGAUUCCCGUGCCCUAUGAACCCUCGGCUGCGUGCGCCCUGCGGUGCCAGGCGCGGGGGAGGAGCCUAACGGUGGAGCUGGCACCUAAGGUUCUAGACGGAACACGUUGCCGGGCCGACGCCCUGGAUAUGUGCAUCAGUGGGGUCUGUCAGGAGGUGGGAUGUGACAGACAGCUGGGCAGCGGUGCCAGGGAAGACGACUGUGGUGUGUGUGCCGGCGAUGGUUCUACUUGUCGGCUGGUCCGGGGCCAGGCGCUGCCUCACGUCUCACCGGAAGAACCUGUGAAGACAGUGCUGGAAGUCCCCUUGGGAAGCAGGAGUUUGAGAGUCAGCUCCAAGGGACCUGAUGUCAUAGUAAUCGAGACCCAGUCUCUGCAGGGUCAUAGAGAGGAGCACAGUCUGGUCUCUCCCGGUUCCUACAUCAUCGGCAACACCACCGUGGACUACCAGAAAGGGACAGACAGACAGACGCUCAGGACACAAGGACCUCUGGGAGCCGAUUACAUCAUCAAGGUGAAAUAUGCUGCUCCGAAGGACACGGUGGUCCAGUUCCUGUUCUAUCAACCAAUCAGGUACCAGUGGAGAGAGACUGACUUCUUCCCCUGCUCUGUCACCUGUGGAGGAGGUUACCAGCUGAACUCAGCAGAGUGCACAGACAUCAGGUCCCGUCAGGUGUUACCAGAGCACCACUGUAACAGCUACCCUGAGAACACCAAACCCACGCCCAAACUCAAGGAGUGCAACAUGGACCUCUGUCCUGAGAGUGAUGGCUUCAUAGAGGUGAUGCCUUAUGACCACUUUCAGCCUCUGCCACGGUGGGAGCAGGGUCCCUGGACGGAGUGUUCAGUGUCGUGUGGAGAGAGCGGCGGGCUGCAGGAGCGCAGCGUGGUGUGUGUUGAGGACGACGCCCACGGACAGAUCACUCAGGUGGAGGAGUGGAAGUGCACACUCCCUCGGCCAAUCACGCAGCAGAGCUGCAACAGCUUCACCUGCCCACAGUGGGUUGCCAUGGAGUGGUCUCAGUGCACAGUGACGUGUGGCCGUGGGUUGCGGUACAGAGUGGUCCUGUGUAUCGACCACAGAGGACAGCACACUGGUGGCUGUAACACAUCCCUCAAACCACAUAUCAAAGAAGACUGCCUGGUACCUGUCGCAUGCCACAAACCCAGAGAGUCAGUUCCUGUGGAGGCCAAGCUACCCUGGUUAAAACAAGCCCAGGAGCUGGAAGAACAACGCACCGCUACAGAGGAACCAACGUGA